AUGGCAACUGCGAACGACGAUGCACCAUCGCCAGCAACACCCAAUGAUGGAGUUUCCAACUGCGUGGCGUGUAAUCUCCCUGAUUCGGCAGGGAACAUGGUGCAGUGCGACGUAUGCGAUGAUUGGUACCACCUAACCUGCGCAGGAGUUACACCAUCCGUUGAGUUCCGCCCUUGGUCCUGUCCAAAAUGCCAGCCAGCGCUCAGCAUUCACAGCAGUGCGACAGCUUCCAGUAAACGUUCCCGAAAGGUUCAGCUACAGCUGGAGCAAUUGGAGGAAAACCGUAGCUUAGAGCUUAAGGCUCUACAGAUCCGCUUGGAAGCAAUCGAAGCCCAGAAACGACUGGUCGAUGCGAAGUACAAACUUUUGCAAUCCACCGUCAACGAUGUGGAUGAAACGAACAACACUCAGAGCCGGGUGAGCAGGAGGAUUAGUCGUCAGCUUACGACUGAUUGGUUGGAAAGCAUAUCCAAUGUCGUUGUAACUCCCGAACGUGCUCCAACCAAUGAUGCAACUUUUCCGACGGUCCCUACAGGCCAGCUGAACGGUCCAACUUCUAACACAUCUCCGACUAGUUCAAACCAACCUAUCGCUGGUUCAACUUUUCCCACAACCAGUGGUCGGAGUAUCAGUGAUACUCAUCUACCGACCUGGUUGGUCGUUCCGGAUUCAGCAUCUACCCAAAUUUUUCCCGCUGUUUCGGAAGCCAACUUGGGUCAACGGAUGCAGCAGUUGUCAACCGACAACCAUGGUGGAAAGAGAAGGUCAGCAGUCCAAUUUGCCGAUAAGAUAGCCACGGUAGGAGCUCCCGAACAACAAUAUCAUCGAAAUCCAGCCGGUUUCUUUCCCCAUGGCGAGCAGGUUACACCAAUUCCACGUGCGCCAUUUCAGGACCGUGCGCCUGUGCCUCACCCCCCUCAAGACAAGUAUAAAAGAAACCAACAUCAAGGUAAGACCGUUCCUAAUUCUUUUCGCCUAAAUUCCGAUCAAUGUAAUGAGCCCCAUGAGUCCCUGAUAUCACAGUUGGGACAUUGCCCCCCAAGCGAGUACGCAAAUAUCACCCAACAUAUGAACAGUUUUUCGCCUACCCCAUCUCAACUAGCAGCACGUCAGGUUAUCGCCCGGGAUCUCCCUAUCUUUUCAGGGGACCCGGAAGAUUGGCCAGUAUUUAUUAGCCAUUAUACUACCUCCACUUUAGCCUGUGGCUACAACCCUGUUGAAAAUUUAACUCGUCUUCAACGUUGCCUCAAAGGAGUAGCACUUGAAUCGGUCCGAAGCAGCUUACUUCUGCCCGAUUUAGUGCCUGAGAUAAUUGACACGCUACGCUUUCGUUUUGGCCGACCUGACCUGAUAAUUAAUGGCCUUUUACAAAAGCUUUGGAAUAUUCCUGCCCCCAAAGCUGAAAAAUUAGAAUCCCUGAUAGAAUACGGCACAGCCGUUCAAAAUUACUGCGCUCAUCUGGAAGCAUCUGAUCAAAACGCCCAUCUGUCAAAUCCAUCAUUGCUCGCCGCGUUAGUGAACCGUUUGCCGGUCGAUUACCAAAUGCAGUGGUCAGCAUAUACAGACGACAACAGUGAAGUGAGCUUAAAAGAAUUUGGUGAAUUUAUGAAAAUGUUAAUGAAACGAGCAAGCAAAGUUACUUCUUCGAAAAUAUGUGUUGUACCCAGUCGGCUGGAGGAACGGACUCGGCCAAAGCGAGGAGCUUUACACGCGCAUACCGAGAGCAGUCACCCAGCCAGUAACCACAGAGAGAGGAGAUGUAGCAUGUGCAGCCGGAACCACCAACUGAAGGAAUGCGACGAAUUCAAAGCGUUCACUCUUGAAGGACGCAGGCGAGUCGUGGAGCAAGAAAGACUAUGCCGCAAUUGCCUGAAUUUCCACGGCCACCGACCUUGUCGUUUGAGUGGAUAUUGCACUGUUAAUGGUUGUACAGUCCGCCACCACCCUCUUCUCCAUUCCAUCGGGGGUCAGCAGAUGCAGAAUAAUGCAGGCGAAUCUUCAAUGCGUUCAAACGAUCAUCAGUCCAACUCCAAUGGUCGUGGACCAUCCGCUUUCGAACCCAGUCCGCCCGCCGACAUCCACGUGCAUCGAAGUUUUCCUCAAGUUUGCCUGCUUCGCUUUGUUCCGGUCACAUUACACGGGAAGGGAAAUCUGAAAAUUGACACUUUCGCUUUCCUGGAUGAUGGUUCAUCGAAGAAAAACUGGUUGAUGAACUCGACGAGAACGGAACAUGGCUCCAAGGUGAUUGAGCUUCAGAUAUCCGGAACCGAUCAACGGCAUCAUAAACUACAAGAUACUCGCACAGUCAAAGAAUUAGCUCUUACCCCACAAACACUAGACUUUGGGACAUUGUCGGCUUCAUUUCGGCAUCUACGAGGACUUCCGAUAGCGAGCUACAGGAAUGCAGUUCCUCGUGUUUUGAUAGGGGUUAACAACCUUCAUUUGACCGUUCCGCUUCGUACAAAAGAAGGUCAGCCGCAAGACCCAAUAGCUACUAAAACAAGGUUGGGAUGGUGUGUCUACGGAGGAACAGGAUACCAAGAUACAUCUUUGUACGUGCACCGUUGUAGUUGCUCUGGUGAUGAUGCAUUGCACACAGCUGUUCGGAACUAUUUUGCUUUAGAAGACGUGGGGAUAACCGGGACAGCCAUUCUAGAAUCUGAGAACGAUAAACGGGCCAAGAGAAUCCUUGAAGAGCACACAAGUCGCCAAGGUGAUAGAUUCCAAACUGCCUUACUUUGGAAGUCCGAUUAUUAUGAGUUUCCUGACAGCCGUUUUAUGGCUGAAAAACGUUUCGAGUGUUUAGAACGUAAGCUUAAACGAAACCCAAAGAUGAUGGAAAACGUUACUAAGCAAAUAGAAGAAUACCAGAUGAAAGGAUAUGCCCGUCUCGCCACCGAAGGUGAAAUCAGAAACUCGGAUCCUCGGAAAACCUGGUACCUACCACUCGGCGUUGUAGUAAACCCCAAAAAGCCGGAGAAGAUUCGCAUGGUGUGGGACGUAGCUGCUACGGUUAAAGGUGUCUCGUUGAACAGCAUGCUUUUGAAAGGACCAGAUCAACUAACAACACUACCCUGGGUCCUCUUCCGUUUCCGACAAUAUGCUGUGGCAGUCUCUGGUGAUAUAUCCGAGAUGUUCCACCAAAUCCGUAUUCGUCCCGAAGAUCAGCAAGCUCAGCGUUUUCUCUGGCGGACCAAUCCAAAUAAAGUUUUCGACGUUUUUGUUAUGCAGGUGGCCACUUUCGGUUCAACUUGCUCCCCAGCAUCUGCUCAAUUCAUAAAGAAUAAGAACGCACGAGAGUUUGCGGAUGUCUAUCCUCGAGCUGUUGAAGGAAUCAUCGACUGCCAUUACGUGGACGACUACGUCGAUAGCUUUGGGACAGAGGAAGAAGCUCAACGAGUUGCUCGAGAAGUCAAGGCCAUUCACGCGCGAGGAGGUUUCAACAUUCGUGGUUGGAGAUCCAAUAGCGUGAAAAUACUCCAAGGACUUGGAGAGGCAACAGAUCCUAAUCCCAAAGAACUAAACACACAGCACGGCAUCAUCGAGAGGGUUCUUGGAAUGCACUGGCUUCCCAAUGAAGAUACUCUGGCAUAUUCCACCAACUUUCAGCCACAAAUAAACGACAUAAUUUCAAACAGAAUGCGGCCAACGAAACGACAAGUACUGAAGUGCUUAAUGAGUGUAUUCGACCCUCUGGGUCUUCUAGCGGCCUUUGUCGUUCAAGGCAAAAUACUUCUCCAAGAUAUUUGGAGAGCCGGUACUCAAUGGGAUGAAGAAAUCGACGACCAAGUAUUCGAAAAAUGGACCAGAUGGAUAGAUCAGUUCCCACUUAUAGCAGUCCUCCAGGUUCCAAGAUGCUACUAUCUAGAUGCUACUGAAACACUCUACAAUAAUCUUGAACUGCAUAUAUUUGCCGACGCAAGCGAAGAUGCUUACGCAGCCGUAGCGUAUUUUCGUAUUUCCAUCAAUAGCAAGGAAUAUAAGUGCACUUUAGUUGCGUCAAAGACAAAGGUAGCUCCUCUACGACAUUGGUCGAUUCCCCGGCUUGAACUCCAAGCUGCUGUAUUAGCUGCGCGACUAGAAACAUUUAUUAAAGAAGGCCAUACAUUGCAAAUACAUCGUACGGUAUUUUGGUCGGAUUCGAGUACAGUACUAGCCUGGAUACGCUCGGACCAUCGAAGAUAUUCGUCGUUUGUGGCAUGUCGAGUAUCUGAAAUAUUAUCUACCACUUCUAUCGCUGAUUGGCGAUGGAUCUCAACGAAGAUGAACGUUGCUGACCUGGCCACAAAAUGGGGACAAGGUGGCCAACUGGACGUGGAUGGUCCAUGGUUCAACGGACCGGAAUUCUUGAAAAUGGAAGAAACAGGGUGGCCGCACCCCAAGUCAAUACAACCAACGGUAGAAGAACAAAAAAUCUGUGGGGUCCAUCAAAGUUUAGAAAUUCCAGAGCCGCUGGUUGAUGUAUCCAGAUUUUCUAAAUGGGAGAGACUGACCAGAGCAAUGGCCUACGUAUUCCGAUAUUUCAAUAACUGUAAGAAAACACGUUGCAAGGUCAGCAGUUUGUAUCCCACGCAAUCCGAGUUGAGGCUCGCCGAAGAUUACCUUUUCCGAAUGGUUCAAAGAGAAGCUUUUCCAGACGAGGUACACCAGCUACUGGCACGAAUCAGCGAGCCGAAUGAAAAGCAGGUCGCCGAAGGAAGAGGCAGCAAACUUUACAAGUUGUCACCUUACCUGGACGAACACCAAGUUCUACGAGUCGACGGGCGGAUUGGAGCGGCGGCUAAUGUGGACAACUGCAUUAAGUAUCCAGUGAUUCUAUCAAAACAACACCGUGUCAGCGAUUUGAUCAUCGAUUUUUAUCACCGCAAGUUCCAUCACGCUAAUUUUGAAACCGUGGUGAACGAAUUACGUCAGGUUUACCAUAUACCACAAGUACGAUCCCGCGUGAAGCAGAUUGUGAAGCGUUGUCAGUUCUGCAAAAUCAACAACGCUCGACCUCAAAUUCCAAGGAUGGCUCCUUUACCAGCGGCGAGAUUAGCAACGUGCACACGACCGUUCACUUUCGUCGGGUUGGACCUGUUUGGUCCACUCCAGGUUAAAGUUGGUAGGAGCUCGGUUAAACGGUGGAUCGCGCUAUUUACCUGUUUGACAGUGCGCGCUGUCCACGUCGAAGUAGUAUUCAACCUAAGUACGGAGUCGUGUAUUAUGGCGGUCCGGAGGUUUGUUGGUAGGCGAGGAUCACCAUUAGAAUUCUAUUCAGACAACGGCACAAACUUCCGGGGAGCCGACAAUGUGCUGCAGAGACAAGUUUCCAACAUCGAAGAAGGACUGGCAUCUACGUUCACCAACACUGCAACGAAAUGGGUCUUUAUACCACCCGGCACACCACACAUGGGCGGCGCUUGGGAGCGCAUGGUUCGUUCGGUGAAGAAGGCGAUGGAGACGAGCGUGAACGCGUGUCGAAAACUGAGCGAUGAGGGUCUGUGGACUCUAGCAGUCGAGGCUGAAGGAAUAGUGAAUUCCAGACCGCUUACGUACCUCCCGAUUGAGGCAGCGGAACAAGAAGCUCUUACUCCUAACCAUCUGUUAAUCGGAAGCUCCAACGGUAUCAAGCAGCCGACUGUAGAGCAAGUAGACGAAAAAUUGGCGCUGAAAAAUACUUGGCACCAAAUACAAACUCAAGUGGACACUUUCUGGCGUCGAUGGAUUCGUGAAUACUUGCCGGAUUUGACUCGGCGUACAAAAUGGCAGAGUGAAACUCGACCGAUUUGCGUAGGAGACUUGGUGAUCAUUGUGGAUGAGGCUAGAAGAAAUGGUUGGGUCCGCGGACGUGUUAAUGAGGUCAUUCCAGGGCAAGAUGGGCGUGUAAGAAAGGCGAUUGUUCAAACUCAUAGGGGGCUCACUAGGCAAUCGGUCUCUAAGUUAGCUGUACUUGACGUUGGGGCUGAGGUCUCAAAGUUAGCUGUAUUUGAAGUUGCGACUAAGGGUAACCCGGGAUCAUCCUGA